AUGAGCAAGCCUCGGCCCCGGCGCAAGUCUAGCAGUCUUGGAGGUGAGCCGCGAGGUGACACUGGAGCUUCGGCUCUUGCGACUUUGAGCUUGAUGCCACAGGUAUGUCGCACUCCAACACCUACACAGGAGAAGACGACUCGAACAUCCAAGCGCCGCAAAGCUCGCAGUCUGCUCAAGCGAUAUGUACGCGUCUCUCUCCGACACACAUGGCUCAAUCCCUUGAUCCUCAUGCUUCUGGUUCUGGCCCUUUACGCCGUCAAUCCCUCGACCUCGAAUCCCUUUUACAACUGCAUCUUCCUCGCAUACCCACUAGACACUCCCGCCGGAGAACCUACACAAUACGGCAAGGGCAAAGCCGAUUUUGCAUUCGUCGCAUUCUACACCAUUGUUCUCAGUUUCAGCCGCGAGUUCCUCAUGCAACGCAUGAUUCGUCCCUUGGCCAUUCGUCUCGGCAUCCAGAGAAAAGCAAAGCAAGCCAGAUUCAUGGAGCAGUUUUACACGGCCAUGUACUUUGCCAUUUUCGGUCCCUUUGGCUUGUAUGUUAUGCGCCGCUCGCCAGUCUGGUACUUCAACACGGAUGCCAUGUUCGAGGGCUUCCCUCACCGUAGUCACGAAGCAGUCUUCAAGGCUUACUAUUUGCUUCAAGCGAGUUAUUGGGCCCAGCAGGCUAUUGUGCUGUUGCUUAUGCUCGAGAAGCCGAGAAAGGACUUUAAAGAGUUGGUAUUGCAUCAUGUUGUUACACUUGCCUUGAUCUGGUUGAGCUAUCGCUUCCACUUCACAUACAUGGGCAUUGCCGUCUACAUUACCAUGGACAUUUCCGACUUCUUCCUUGCUACCUCCAAAGUCCUCAACUACCUCAACUCACCCAUCACCGGCCCAUACUUUGGCCUCUUCAUCGCCGUCUGGUUCUAUCUCCGCCACUACCUAAACUUCUACAUUCUCUGGGCCACCUUAACCACCUUCCGCACAAUCGGCCCUUACGAGCUAAACUGGGAAACUCAACAAUACAAAUGCUGGAUCUCUCAAAUCAUCACCUUUUCGCUUCUCUUCGCCCUUCAAGCCGUGAACAUGUUCUGGUUCAUCCUGAUCUUGAGAAUCGCAUGGAGAUUUGUGAGAAGCAGUGUUGCCAAGGACGAGAGAAGUGAGGAUGAAGAGGAAGAGGAAGAGAUUGUGGAGGAGCAAGAAAAGGAAAAGUUGAUUAAGCAGGUGCAGGCUAAUAUCCCGAGCGUUGAACUCAAUGGCGAGACUUUGGUGGGAGCUACUGGAAGGGAUUCUACUCCUGAGGGUUUAAAGAGAAGAGGAUGA